AAGCUCUGGCCAUGGCACUGGGGCUGGUGGAGCCGCGCCUGGAGGAGCAGCGACGGGCCGAGGCGGCGUGCCGACACAUCCAGACAGUGUUUGUCGGAAAGAACAAGCCGCAGAAAGAUCCCCUGAGCUCCUUCCGCUGGCAGGGCUUCAAGCUGGAGGAAUAUCUCAUUGGCCAACCCAUCGGGAAGGGCUGCAGUGCUGCUGUGUACGAAGCAGCUAUUCCUUUCUCCAGCAGUCGUCGGGGGCACGCAGAGAGCAGCGAUGUGGCCGGGCAGGGGCCAGUCGUGCAGCAGGACGGUGGCUGGGCCUCCCAGGCAGCUGAAGAGGAGCCCGUGGUGAGCCAGCAACCCAAGGAGACUUUCCCGUUAGCUAUCAAAAUGAUGUGGAACAUCUCGGCUGGUUCAUCAAGUGAAGCCAUCCUCGAUGCUAUGGGCCGAGAGCUUGUUCCAGCCACGAGGGUCGCCUUAGCUGGAGAAUAUGGAGCUGUCUCUGGCCGCAGAAAACCUGUCCUUGGGAGGAAGAAGUUGCAGCCUCAUCCGAAUAUAAUCCAGGUGAUCCGAGCGUUCACAUCCUCGGUCCCUUUGCUGCCCGGAGCCUUCGCAGACUAUCCCGAUGUUCUUCCUCUAAGCCUGAAUCCCAGAGGGAUCGGUCACAGCCGCACGCUCUUCUUGGUGAUGAAGAAUUACCCAUGCACCCUGCGCCAGUACCUGAGGGAGAGCAGUCCAGAUGUUCGUCUCUCCACGAUGAUGAUUUUACAGCUCUUGGAAGGCGUGGACCAUCUUGUUCGACACGGAAUAGCACACAGAGACCUGAAGUCUGACAACAUCCUGGUUGAAUUUGAUUCUGCUGGCUGCCCCUGGCUGGUGAUCACCGACUUCGGUUGCUGUUUGGCAGAUGAAAACCUGGGCUUGAGACUGCCUUUCACCAGCUCCUACGUGGAUCGGGGUGGCAACGGCUGUCUCAUGGCACCCGAGGUGAUCACAGCAUCCCCUGGCCCGGGCACCAUCAUCAACUACAGUAAAGCUGAUGCUUGGGCUGUGGGAGCCAUUGCCUAUGAAAUCCUGGGCCUGCCCAACCCUUUCUACGGCCACGGGGACUCGAGUCUGGAAAGCAGGAGUUAUCGGGAAGACCAGCUGCCGAGCCUGCCCGAUCCUGUGCCCCUUGAGGUGAAGGAAGUGAUAAAGAUGCUGCUUCAGAGGGAUCCCAACAAGAGGUUGUCUGCCAGAGUGGCUGCAAACGUGCUUCACCUGAGCCUCUGGGGUGAAAGUGUUCUGGCCUCCAAGGCCCUCAAACCCGACCAGAUGAUCGCCUGGCUUCUCUGCCAGUCUGCGGCCGCUUUGCUCACCGACAGGCUGGUGGAUAAAAGCCGGGUAGAAACCAAAAUGAAGAUGUGUUUUUUGGCAAACCUGGAGUAUGAAGACCUCUGGGCAGCACUGUUCCUCUUGCUGGCCUGGAGAAGCCGGUCUGGGUGAAGAAUACCAUCGGGGGGGCAUGACCGUGCGAUAGAUAAAUGGCACUUUUUAAAUGCACAUAGGAAUCUGUCUUUUCUGCCUGCCUGGAAUCCUGUAGUGCUUUAGGGAACAAAGCUGCAGGCCUGUGUUUGAGAGGUUUUUGAGUUUCCCUCUAGCUUUUCUUUCUCUGCUGGAGGAAAUGCCCUCGCUUCCUUACUCUUUUGGUGAGGGUUUGAGGACCUCGCAGGUGUCCUGAGGUGCGUGGUUGGUUUUGCUCAUGUUUGGGAAUUCACAGUUGACUUCGAAGUCGUGUGUUGAAUGAAGCAAGUUCCCUUUCAGAAGGGGAUGUGUGUGGCAGGAGGCACUGUCUAACUGCUCUUUACACGGAAGCAUCACGGAUUUAAACAAUACACGGAGAAAGCUGAGCUGACAAAGGGAUGUGCAAUCUUUAUUUUCAUAGGGAAGCCAUGGGUGGUCUUAAGGUGAUAUUUCCCUGCAGCCACAGAUGUAUCUUGCUAUAAAAUAACCGCCUAAAAGCCUCCUAGUGAGGUGCUGACUGGUGGGGUGAGCAUCAGGAGCUGCUCACUUCGUACGAUAACGCACCAGUAAACACCUCGCUAGUUGUACGCAAAAUAGCACGAGUACAAUGAACCCAAAACCUGCUUAUAUUUGUUUCUCAACUUGUUUUUGUGCAGUGACUGCUGUUGCGGGGGCCAAGGCCAAGUCAAACUGUCCAGUUUAGGGAUAAUUUUGUGACCGAAACGGGGCUGAGCAGCAGUCCCUGCUUAAAGAGUUUAGUGUGGUGCUCUUCUGUUUGAAAUACCUGUUCAUUGUGUUUAAUAAUGAAGUAAUAUCCUUUGGUCAGGAAGGAUGAGAGACAUCCCUGUUUGAACAACCACGGUGGUGUUUCUGAAAACAUCAUUCGAUUUCGUGUCUGUAGUUGUGUUCAGAGGAACUCGGGGAGAAAGUUGGUGCACAAUAAAUAUAAGGUUAAGCUCUG